UUUAACAUGGAUACAUUGAUCAAAAUUAGCAAUGUCUUUGACAGUGUGAAGAAAACAGUGAAGGAUAAGAAUACAUCUAAUCGUCUUCAAAGUCUCAAAAAAGAUAUAUUACUUCUCCAAUCGGAACUUCUUAUAUUAGGUAAGGAAAAUCAUGGCAUGUAUGUAAGAUCUUUGGCAAUGGAAGGCUAUCUAGCCUUACUUUCGGCGAAAACAAUGCCUUUGUCACUUACCGAGAAAAAGAAUAUAUUGACUGUAGCUUUCGACAAACUCAAACAGCAUGCUUUACGCGAGGAAUCCUUAUUUAUUUUCCUUAGAAUACAAAAUUUACUUUGCUAUUUUCUAAUACAACUGGACGAGAUAAAUCAAGCUAAAGAUAUCCUUGAGAGUAUAGAGGAAAUGUACGAUAAUAUUAGUAAAUCUAAAUCGGAUAUUUACAUAGAUGCUGAAGAUUUGUUCACAUCUGAACCGAUCUGCAACAUAAAGAGAAUGAACCCAGAGAAAAUAGACAAAUUAAUAACAAACAAUGUUCAAAUGUUAGCAUUCCUAUAUAAUAAAUUGAAUCUUUCCCAAAAAUAUACACUGUAUAACCAUACAGCACUUAGAAGACAAUUGGAAAUGAAAGAGGGUACUCCCCAAGAUUGGGCCUUACGCACUGCUAGACUAGGUAAUUAUUUCACUUACCUCAAUCAACUUGGCAAUGCCCGACACCAUUUGUGUGCUGCUUAUCACAUCCUGCGAACCUGUCAUGAUAAUUGUAAACUCAUGCCAGAAGAAUUCGUUCUUCAGAAGGCGGAUUUUGAGAUGCAUUUCUUAGAGCUAAGUCAUCACUGGGUUAAAUAUGGACUCUCGCUGUUUAAAUUAUCAAGAAAAAAGAUUUUAACCCGCUUCUUUUCACAACAUGCUUCUGGGGGGUCUGGGGCUGACUUAUGGAAAAGCGUCGACUUUCUAAACGAGAAUUUUGAUGGUACCGAAACAGAUAAAGAAAACAGUAAGGAUUCUGGAUCAGAAAAAUACGAUAAAGGUGAUUGCUUAUCCGAAAAAGUUUAUAGUUUCCCUUCUUUAGACCUCACAGAUAUUGAGAAAAAAGUGCCGUUGGAAAUUAUACGCAAUGCUGACGAAGCUCGCAAAUUGUUUUCUUUUACUCAUAAAUGGCUGAAGCGUGCCGAGAACUAUUAUGAUUUUGAACAUUAUUCAGCCCAAUACAUAUCGUGUUCGCUACAACUGGCAGAACUAUAUGAACAUCUCGCGUUUUUCGAAAAGAAUAUUGACAAUCAAUAUAACAUACAAAAGAGAAGGGCGGAUGUACUGGAAACGCUCAAUUCAUUGUUGAAAAAUUGCGAUAACGUUAUGUCGAUACAGAUAGAUGUUAUAAAAGAACUGUCCCAAGUCCAACUUGAGCUAAUGGCACUUAAUUUACAGAAACUUUGGCGUGAAGAAUCACAAACGAACAUAUUAAACUUAGAUACCGAUACGGAUUCGAUCAUAAAUUCUCUUCAUUCUGAAUCCAACAAAACCUUGACAGAAAAAACAUUAAAUACGAGUUCUAAAAAUAUUUUUUUGCGAAAAAUGGCAGCCACUACCUCGAUCAAUGGCAAACUGUUUCGGCUUAGCGGGCAGAUAGAUCCGAGAACCCCAUCAGAGUUGAGUUUCGAUUAUGAAUUACUUAGAAACUCAUGAAUUUAAUGUUGUAAUA